AUGGAACCAAACAUAACCACAGUAACAACUCCUCCAAUUUCACCAAUUAAAGAGGAAUGUAAUAAUAGUAAUGAAAACAACAACAACAACAACAAUAAUAAUAAUAAUAAUAAUAACAACAAUAAUAAUAAUAAUGAUGGUAAUAGUCAACAAGAACCAAAUAAAUUAAAUAUAACUACAUCAACCAAAACUUUGGAAGAUUCGAAUAAAAUAGUAAUUGAAAGUAAUAUAACAACCGUAAUAGUUAGCAAUGAAAAUAAUAAAAAUAAUAAUAAUAAUAAUAAUAGUAUAAAUAAUAAUAAUAAUAAUAAUAAUAAUAAUAAUAAUAAUAAUAAUAAUAAUAAUAAUAAUAAUAAUAAUAAUAAUAAUAAUAAUAAUAAUAAUAAUAAUAAUAAUAAUAAUAAUAAUAAUAAUAAUAAUAAUAAUAAUAAUAUAAAGAGUGAAGAAAUUAUAGAUAAUGUAAUAAAAUUAGAAGCAUAUCCACAUAUAAUAGGUAAAUAUCCGAUUCAUGAAGCAGUGUAUAAAAAUGAUAUAGAAACUUUAAAACAAUAUUUUGGUGAUGAGAAUCUAGUAAUUGUAAAUAAUAAUAAUAAUAAUAGUAAUAUUGAAGAGGAAGAUGAAGAAGAGGAGGAAGAGGAUAGUCAACAACAUAAUACAAGUAUGAAUAGUAAUGGUGGUAAACCAUCAAUAAACGAUAGAGAUGAGCAGGGUAGAACACCAUUAAUGUUUGCCAAUACAGUUAUGACAGCACAAUUUCUAUUGAAUAGAGGUGCAAGAAUUAAUUUACGUGAUAGUGAACGUCAAACUGCAAUGCAUAAAGCAUCAAUGUACAAUAUACCCGAUUUGUUAUCACUCUAUUUGAAUACAGGCGCACACAUAAAAAGAGAUUUAUCAGGUUGUACACCACUUCAUAUUUGUUCAUAUAAAGGUUUCAUCAAUUGCACUCAAGUUAUGAUGGAGAAAGGUCCAAGAAGAGUUAAAGCUGAAGCACGUGAUAAAAAAGGUAAAACUGCACUUCAUUAUGCUGCUGAAUCACCUGAAUCCGAUGAAAUCACUGCUCAAGUUAUUAAUAUUUUAGCAUCAGGUGGUUCAUUAUUAGAUACAAAAGAUAGAGAAAAGAAAACACCAUUACAUUUUUCAACAUUAAUGGGUAAAGUUAAAUCAGUUAAUGUUUUAUUAGAGAAAGGAGCAAAUCCAGAAGUUGUUGAUAUAUUUGGAGCAUUACCAUUACAUUAUGCAGUUACAUGUAUAACUGGUAGAAAGAUAGCAAAACAAUUGAUUGCAAAAGGAUGUAAAGUGAAUUCACCUGAUAAUGUUGGUCAAACACCAAUGUUUUAUGCAUCAAAAUCAGGUCAUCCAAAGAAUGUAACAUCUUUAUUGAGAUUGGGUGGAUCAGCAACAGUUAAAGAUUAUCAAAAUCGUACACCACUUCAUUUCUCUUUGGAUAUUGCAAAUAGUACAAUUAGUUCAAUGUUAGUAUCGGCUGGUGCUGAUGUUACAUUACGUUAUCGUUAUGGUCAAAAAGGUGAAAGACCAAUUUCACCAAGAAAAACUAUAAAUAAUGUACAAUGGAAAGGUGAAGGUAAAGAUGGAUCAUCAAAUGAUCUAAAUAGUAAUAAUAAUAGUAAUAAUAAUAAUAAUAAUAAUAAUAAUAAUAAUAAUAAUAAUAAUAAUAAUAAUAAUAAUAAUAAUAGUAAUGAAAUUAAUGAAGACGAUGAAUAUAUGCAUGCAGAUAUUUAUGGAUUUUUACCAGAUGUUUCAUCAAAUGCAGCACAAAUGAAAAAAUGGGGUGAAAUUAAAGAAUAUUAUCAACAGUUAAUGAAAGAACAAAGAAAUAAAGAAAAGAGAAGGGAAAAGAAAUGGGUUAAACUUAUAGCAAACCAUGGUAAACGUUCAAAAAUGCAAAAUUUAGCAUGGAAAUCAGUACCAGAGUCAACAAGAUCAGUUUUAUGGAGAUUGGUUUUAAAUCCAGACAAGGUGAAAGAGAAUGCAAAUGUAACAUUUGAACAAUUGUUGGAGAGAGAUUCAGAGUUUGUAAAACAGAUCGAUUUGGAUAUCGAUAGAACCUAUAGAAAUCAUAUUAUAUUUAGAGAGAGAUUCAAUAGUGGUCAACAAGCAUUAUUCAACGUUUUGAAGGCUUAUAGUAUCUAUGAUAGUGAGGUUGGCUAUUGUCAGGGCAUGAGCAGUAUCGCAUCGUUACUCUUGAUGUAUAUGACAGAGGAGGAGGCAUUUUGGUGUUUGGUGGCUUUGAUGGAGAAUGAUAAAUUUCAAUUCCGUGGUUUGUUCUUACCAUCUUUCCCUCUACUCUAUCGAAAUUAUGCAAUUCACGAACAAUUACUUCAUGAAGAGUUACCAAAGGUUGCGUCGAACUUUGGUGUCGAGGGUAUAACAUUUAGCAUGUAUGCAACUAAAUGGUUCUUAACCAUUUUCUCUGGUAAUAUUCCUUUCCCAUUGUUGGUUAGAUUUUGGGAUUUGGUUAUGUUACAUGGUUAUUUCAUCGUUCAUACUUUGGUAAUUCAUAUUUUACGUACUUAUGAAUCAACUUUAGGUAAGGAUCCAUUUGAAAAGAUUCUAAACUUCUUUUCAAAUUUAGACUCUAUCGAAAUUGAUGUCUAUAGUUUUAUAAAAUCCGCAAAGAAAUAUAAAAUCACUGAAAAGAGAAUCGCCAAAUUAGGUCAAAAAUAUGAUAUGCAACAACAAAAUCAACAUAUGCUACCUUCUUCAUUUAAUGUACCACGUUCAACUUCAAAGCAAAAUUUACAUUCAACAAGUAGUAGUUCAAGUUCAAUAUUCAACAAUUAA